CAAAUUUAAAAAAAAAAAAAAAAACCCCCCCCUGCCAGUGGUUACACACGGAAGAAGAUUGCAGGUCCUCCGAGCCCCUCUAGAGGACAUAAAGGGAAUUACAAAACCUUCAUUUUCUCGAGGAAAUAUUGCGGCCUAUAAAAAGGAUGAAACCAAAAGUGAACUUGCCACUUUUAAUCCAGGAGUGCAGUUUUAGAGGACAGUAUGUAAAGUGAACGUCUUUUCUGAAGAUGCGAAAACAGAUUUAACAUGAUCUCAACCUUAGUGCCUUUGAUUAAUAGAUAAUUUUAUUUAUUUUUAUUUUAUUUUAUUUAUUUGUUUUUUACAGAUACCAGAUUUGACCUGGGGGUGGAGCCAUGUUUCUUUCAUGAGACGUCAACGCCACUGGGAUGACUUGUGUGCCAAAUGACUCGAUACGAUACAAUGAACCCAAGUGCGCUUCAGCUAAAAAUCACAAAAUAAUGGCCGACUCAGGAUUGUCUGGUAAAGAGCAGAAUUCAUCGUUCCAUCAAUCACAGCAUGUUGUCCAGGUCCUGCAGAAGUGAAUCAACCCCGUGACCAUUUGCACGACCACUGCCAUGUUCGACUGUUGGAUCACUUUGCAGGAGGAGGAGAAGGAGAAUCAACAGCAGCAGCAGCAGACAUGCGCUGGAAAAGUGAGGCCAAAGUUCAUCGCUGCAUCCCGGCUGGAAGCUCCGGUGAGGAGGUGGAGGUUGUGGAUGAAGACAUGUCGACUGAGCCUCUUCUCGCCGCGCGCUUGUGCGUGUGCGCCAGCUGCAACGAAGAAAUCGUUGAUAAAUAUUUAUUGAAGGUGAGCGACCUGUCCUGGCAUGUGCGUUGCCUUUGCUGCAGCGUGUGCCAGGCCGCGCUGGGAGGCCACACCAGUUGUUACAUUAAGGACAAGAAGGUCUUCUGCAAGAUGGAUUAUUUCAGAAGGUUCGGCACGUGGUGCGCGUGCUGCGGCCGCCACAUCCACGCCACGGACUGGGUGCGGCGUGCCAAGGGCAACGUGUACCACCUGGCCUGCUUCGCCUGCUUCUCGUGCAAGAGGCAGCUGUCCACCGGAGAGGAGUUCGCGCUGGUGGAGGACAAGGUGCUCUGCAGGGUCCACUACGACUGCAUGCUGGACAAGCUCAAGAGGGCCGCCGACAAAGGCAGCAGCGUGAACAUGGAGGGCGCCGUGCCCACCGAACAAGAAAUUAACCAGCCCAAACCUUCCAAGAGAGCAAGGACCAGCUUCACUGCCGACCAGCUGCAGGUGAUGCAGGCGCAGUUUGCCCAGGACAACAACCCGGAUGCUCAAACGCUGCAGAGACUGGCCGAGCAGACGGGCCUCAGUCGACGAGUCAUACAGGUGUGGUUCCAGAACUGCCGAGCGCGCCACAAGAAGCACGUGAGCCCCAACCACACGUCCGGCGCCCCCCUUACCUCUCUGCAGCCUGCCCGCCUGGCCCCGCCCACGCCUACCCCCGAGGAGCUGCAGUACACCACCUACGAGGGUCCGGAAGGUUCCAUGUUGUCGGCGCUGCACUCGUUCCUCGACAGUGAGCACCAGGCUUUUUAUGAACUACUAUACGAGUGACUGCUUUUCACCCGAAUUGGCAUUUUUCACCUCACCAACGGUGUGUGGCACGUCAAUGCAACGUGUCAUGCGCCGAUUCCCAAAGCGCAGUACGCCGGCUCCCUCUAGUGGCACCUAAGAGAAUCACAAAAUUAAAUGUUCCUGAUGUUAUGGUGGCAUCAACUUUUUUUCAAUCCAGUACAUUUGUUCAGCACGGUUAAGUUUCAAGAGCGCGAUAUUUGCAUCGUUCAGAAAGGCUCAUAAUUGCCUACAGGGGCCACAAGAUGGCAGCAAAGCACAGGGAGGCUGUUUUAUAAUCUAACAGAGGCGACUCUCCGCAUUACAUUUUAUAUUUGCUGUAAUAUAAAAAAAA